UUCGUGUUUUUUCAAUUUCGUGAUUGAAUUUGAAUUAACUUAUCUAAUGAUUCUCUUUACUUGUUUUAUAAGUUCUAGUUUUCUUUAUAGGUUAGAAGCUACCUAGGCCUAGCACCACAAUUCUGGUGGUGAAUUCGGACACGACACUGACACUGACACACAUCCACACAGGUAAUAACUUGAAAAAUAUGAAUGAAUUGAACUUAAUCACAAGUGUCGGUGUUGCACGGACAAGGACGGACACACCUUUUUACUGAGAUGUUGAUGAGAAUUAACCAAUUGUGAUAAUGACUUUGGAAUUAGUUGUUGCUUAGAAUUAUUUUUUUGGUCUUAAUCAUGAUGGCAAUUGGUUAGGAUGUAAGUAAAGAUAGAUCGAAUAUUAUUACUACCCAAGCAUUCGACCUUAGCUAGAAUGCUUUAAUCACUUGUGCUCAACCACUUGAUUUAGUUGGUGCUUAGAUUGUGUAGGAAUUUCCGCCUUCAUUGUGGUUUGGUCUGCCCCUAGUCGCCUAAAUUGCAGCAUUGGACUUGCUUUCAUCGCAAUCUCCAACACCUUCAUACUGUUGGGUUUGAAGGGGUGGAUUUACUUCCAUAUUGCUUAGAGAUAUGGCUCGUGUUUAUAAGUGGGGGCAAUCCUCACCUUACAAGUCGGUUUUGUAGGGUUGAGAUAGGCCAAACCACAAUUCUUAAGAUGGUAUCAGAGCCUAUCCUGGAUCACUUGUUGGGCUUCCCGCAUCAUCCACGCUUCGGACUCAGUGAGUCUCGAACAUGUGGGUGUGUGUUGGAGUUUCCGCCUUUGUUGCGGUCUCGGGAUCAUUUGCGGCAAGGUCAGUUGAUAGUCAACUAUCUGGUGGUUCGUUGAGAACUUGUUCAGUUAAGGAAACACUGGAGAAUCAGCCACCAGUACUUCGAAUUGAUGAAUGCUUGUCUCCUGCAUCUAUUGAUUCUGUUGUAAUUGCAGAAAGGGACUCAAAGAAUGGAAAAUAUGCAAGUGUAAGCCCCAUCAAUUCAGUUGACUGCUUGGAGGCUGAUCAGCUUAUGCAAGAUAUUCAUUCUGGGGUGCAUGAAAGUGACUUCAAUUGCACACCUUAUGUCCCUGUUUACAUAAAACUUCCAGCUGGUAUUAUUAAUAAAUUUUGCCAGUUGAUGGAUCCUGAAGGCAUUAGGCAAGAGCUAAUCCAUAUUAAGUCCUUAAAUAUUGAUGGUGUUGUUGUGGAUUGUUGGUGGGGCAUUGUUGAAGGCUGGAACCCACAGAAAUACGUGUGGUCUGGUUAUAGGGAGCUUUUUAACAUUAUUAGAGAAUUCAAGCUUAAUUUACAGGUUGUUAUGGCGUUUCAUGAAUGUGGAGGGAAUGAUUCUAGUGAUGCAUUGAUUUCCCUCCCACAAUGGGUUUUAGAUAUUGGAAAAGACAACCAGGACAUAUUUUUCACAGAUCGUGAAGGACAGAGAAAUACUGAAUGCUUAUCUUGGGGGAUUGACAAAGAGCGGGUUCUCAAAGGAAGAACUGGAAUCGAGGUUUAUUUUGAUAUGAUGAGAAGCUUUCGGACAGAGUUUGAUGACCUGUUUACAGAAGGUUUAAUUUAUGCUGUAGAAGUUGGACUUGGAGCAUCUGGCGAGCUGAAAUACCCUUCUUUUUCAGAAAGGAUGGGGUGGAGGUAUCCUGGUAUUGGUGAGUUUCAGUGCUAUGAUAAAUACCUGCAACAUAGUCUGCGCAGAGCAGCCAAACUACGCGGUCACUCUUUCUGGGCUAGAGGACCUGAUAAUGCUGGGCACUACAAUUCUAUGCCACACGAGACUGGAUUCUUUUGUGAACGGGGUGAUUACAACAACUAUUAUGGACGCUUCUUCUUACAUUGGUACUCCCAGACUUUAAUAGACCAUGCGGAUAAUGUUUUGUCUCUUGCAAGCCUUGCUUUUGAGGAAACAAAAAUUAUUGUCAAGGUUCCUGCUGUACACUGGUGGUACAAGACUCCUAGUCAUGCAGCAGAGUUGACAGCAGGAUAUCAUAACCCCACAAAUCAGGAUGGAUACUCUCCGGUGUUUGAGGUUCUGAAAAAACACGCUGUCACCAUGAAAUUUGUCUGCUUAGGAUUUAAUCUUUUCAACCAGGAAGCUAAUGACUCAUUGGUUGAUCCAGAGGGAUUGAGUUGGCAGAUAUUAAACUCAGCUUGGGAACGAGGUUUGGUCACUGCUGGAGAGAACACACUCUUUUGCUAUGAUAGAGAAAGGUACAAGAGAUUGGUCGAGAUGGCAAAGCCCAGAAAUGAUCCUGAUCAGCGGCACUUUUCAUUCUUUGUUCAUCAGCAACCCUCUCUACUUCAGGGAAAUGUUUGCUUGUCGGAAUUGGAUUUCUUCAUCAAAUGCAUGCAUGGUGAGAUGACAGGGGAUCUGUAAUGGCUGCAAAUCUCACUUUUUAACUAUGUCGUUUUGCUGGGUGUGGUUAUCCUGUUGUGGCUGCGUAGGGACAUGAUUGAAAAUUGCUAGUCGUCUUAUCUUAUUGUACUUCAAUGUCUUCAGUGACAACGUUGGCUAUAUAAGCUUUGUGUAAAGCCGUAAUAUAAUUUUCUCAUAAAAAAGCCAUAA